AUGGUAGCGUCACUUCCGCCAAGGGCUUCUUGGCAGGGGGAACUUACGCCGGACUCAAGACGCAGGAUGACGGUGUUCUCUGACCUGGGCAUUCUGCUUUCGGAGACGCAGGCUAACCUUGCCGCCACAUUCUCAACGAACAAGAUUCUCUCUCCAUCGGUAGUAUUGAGCCGACAGCGCGCUCAGCGCGGCGCUGCCCGUGGCGUGGUGGCCAACAGCGGCUGCGCGAACUGCUGCGUAGGCGAGCAGGGGCUUUAUGACGCUGCCGAAAUGACGGAACUCGCUGCGGCGCAUACUGGCGUAAGCGCCGACGAUAUGCUCGUCUGCAGCACUGGCAUGAUUGGCGUAGAGUUGCCGAUGGCGCUCCUCCGACAGCAUGUUGGCAAUGUAAGUCUGUCUGGCGAUGGCGGACACGAUUUCGCUCGCUCAAUCAUGACCACCGAUACGCGCCGCAAGGAUCUCGCCGUAUCAAUUGACUUGGGCGGACGCAAGGUCGUUCUCGGAGGCGCGGCGAAGGGCGUUGGCAUGAUCCACCCCAACAUGGCAACGAUGCUCGCGUUUGUGGCGACUGACGCACCCGUUGAGCAGUCGUUCCUGCAAUCGGCGCUGAGCAGGGCAGUGGAUGACUCGUUCAAUAUGUGCAGUGUUGACGGCGACCAAAGCACCAACGACACCGUGCUUGUAUUCGCCAAUGGGCAGGCCGGAGGCGAUGAAGUCGUAGCCGGCACACCGGAAGCAGAAGCAUUCGAAGAGGCGCUGACCUUCGUCUGCACUUCGCUCGCCAAGGAGAUGGUGCGAGACGGCGAGGGAGCGAAGAAACUCAUUGAAGUUACGGUCGGCGAGGCGGGAACCAUGGCGGACGCGCGUAAAGCCGCAAGGGAGAUCUCGACAUCAUCUCUCGUCAAGGCUAUGGUGCAUGGCAAUGAUCCCAACUGGGGUCGCAUCAUGAUGGCCUUGGGCAAGAGCGGCGCGGACAUGGACGAGUCCAAGAUUGACAUCUUCAUCGAUGACAUACAGAUUGUGCACGAGGGCAAGGCGAUUCCCUUCCACAUGGAUUCGGUGGUGAGCUCAAUGGCUAGCUCGCCUGAUGUGCGUUUCCGCGUCAGCCUUAAUCUGGGCGGGGAGAGCGCCACGGCUUGGGGCUGCGACCUGACCGAAGAGUAUGUAACAUUCAAUUCGGCGUACAGCACUUAA